UAUUGUCAGUUCCUUUAUAUUCAACUUAAAAGUAUAUUCGUGAGUUUUACUGUAAAAUGGAGAACCAAAUUGAAACAACUGAAGGACCUCCUAACUUACCGCCUCCAAAGCCAGCUAUAUGGUUUGGGGUACGUCAUGAACAAUACAUUCUUCUUCUUCUCGCAGUGGUAAUAGCUUUCGGGAUACGUACCGCUUUCAAUGUAGCAAUUAUCGCUAUGAUCGCUGAAGAUCCUCCCGAAGGCGUAAAAACGUACCCGGAAUGGAUAGACCAGAAGAACAUCAUGCUGUCCUCUUUCUUCUGGGGGUACGUCUGUUUCCAGAUCGGCGCCGGACAACUGGCCAAAAAUUACGGACCCAAGCUGUUCAUGGGCGGCGCCGUGUUUAUAUGUUCCCUGUUCACCGUCCUCGUACCACUGAUGGGAGACAAACUUGGUUACGGCGGAGUGAUAGCUUGCAGGGUGAUCCAGGGGCUGGCGCAGGGGUUUCUGUUCCCCUGCACACAUAACCUGCUCAGCGCCUGGGUGCCUAUAUUCGACAGAGCCAGGGUUGGCAGUUUCGUGUAUACAGGUGGUCCGCUUGGAACUGUCAUAGCCUUGCCUGUAACAGGGGCAAUUUCCGCAUCCUCGGUGGGAUGGCCGUUGAUGUUUUACCUCUACGGAGGCCUAGGGUUAGCCUGGACAGUUGCUUGGAUAUUUCUAGGAGCAGACUGCCCAGCGAAACAUGGCAGGAUAUCUGCGGAAGAAAGGAGGUACGUGGAGGACGGAGCUAGCACAGAAGAAAAAGAGACUGUGCCUACACCGUGGAAGGCUAUCUUCACUUCACUGCCAUUCUUUGCGAUAUUAGUAGGGCACUGUGGUAACAACUGGGGUUUCUUCACUUUACUCACUGAGAUACCAAGCUAUAUGGAGAGCAUUUUGAAAUUUAAUAUAGCUUCGAACAGUCUUCUAUCCGCUCUUCCUUAUUUGGUUCUGUGGCUGCUUAGUUUCGUAAUGAGUCCCCUUGCCGAUAUCCUCGUGGUUAGAAAGAUCAUUACCAGGGGUACUAGCAGGAAAAUCUUCAAUUCCAUAGGUCUGAUGGUACCCGCUCUUGCUCUGUUCGUGCUAAACUUCAUUGGCAGCGGCCAGAAAGAAGUCACGAUCUUAUUUUUGGUGAUCGCUGUAGGAUUCAACGCGGGGGUGUAUUCCGGAUACAACGUGAACCACAUAGACAUAUCCCCUGUCCAUUCUGGAACUCUUAUGGGAAUAACAAACACAGCGUCGAACAUCUGCUCUAUCAUUGCCCCCUUAGCAGUUGACGCCAUCAAGUCCAUCACUGGAUACGAAGAGACCAACAAAUCCCUGUGGAAUGUGGUAUUCUCCCUGGCAGCCAUAAUAAACAUAGUUACCGGGUCAUUUUAUGUAUUUGGGGCAUCUGGAGAGGUACAACCUUGGGACAACUUAGGGGUUGACAAAAAGGACGACACCGUCAAUACCCGAUCGAGCAAAGAGAAAUAGAACACCGAAAUGUUAUUUCAUAGUGUCAAUUUUACUAUUCGUUGCGAAUAAAAAUUACUGGAUACUCAAAGAACAAGAACGUCAAAGAA